UAGAGAUAGUGUAUGGUCUCAAAGUCUUUUACACAAGUCUAAUGGUUUGCUAUGUGUUUAGUUUUAUGUGCAAAGGUAACUUUUGAUAUGAAAAUAAUCCUACAUGCAAAAUGUGAUACUUUUCUCAAUUUAUGAUCAGUUCAGUCAUUUUGUUAACUAGGUGAAGGACCUUUCCUUGUGGAACAUCUUCCCCUUAAUUAUCGUGUCUGUUGCAGCCCAUGUUCUGGACAAAAUGAGGCCUACCUGCUUCAAAUAAAGCGAAGAUUGUCACCAAAAAAAUUUUCACCUCAUGUAAUGAUCACGUCUUGUUUUUGCCUUUGUGUGCAGGAGACUGUGAAAUGGUAGAAUUGUUACUUGCAAAAGGAGCUUAUGUUGACCCGGUAGCUAUUGGUGGCACACCACUACAUGUUGCUGCUGCUGGAGGGCAGGAUGGUACCAUGAAGAUUUUAUUGGAGCAUAAUGCAGAUUGCAACAAGACUGACAUGAUAAUUGGUGUAACACCCCUCUUUGCUGCUAUAAAUGUUGGAUCAGAUAAAUGUGCGAAGCUCCUGGUUGAGGCUGGUGCCGAUGUCAAUGAAGAAUGUAUGUUCAGUGCAUUUUUCAAGUCUAUAAAUGGACUUGAUGUUUCAUCAGAGUGCUUGAAUUGCUUACUGGAGGCUAGAGCUGCCGGCGCCAGUAAUAAAACUCCCAAUGAUGUAAGAUUCUCCUCUUUGUCACUAGUAAACACUGCAGCUCUUCAAGUCUUACAACUUUGGUGCAUAAUUAUUUGAUAAUUGACUGCAUGUUACUUGUUUCCUACUCAUAGUUUUGUUGUCGCCUUAUCUGUUUAUCAUGAUCCAUGUACUCGAUAUCUUUCCUUAUGGAACCCCAGUCUGCCUAACUUAGCAAAGGCACCUUAUACAUGAGUUAUUUUGCUUUGCGAUGUGGCACGAUGAUUCCAAGCUAUCUGUUCUCUUUUGUUUGUAAUAAUAUAUGAUACGUAUGAUACCUGGUGCCUAGGCUAUUAAUGAUGUUUGUAGGGUUACUUAUUCUUGUUCUUGUAUUUAUUUAAUAGCUCUUCUGCUUGCAAGCUGUUACUUUGUCCAAGAAUGCUGAACAGGUUGCUAAGGUGGCGGUAGAAAGUAACAAAACGAAUUCACCCUUUUCUAUUUUAAGAAGAAGAGAAAUGUUUAAUAUUCAGCAUUCUGGUUGGAUUCCUGCCGAUUAUAAAUU